CUGUCUUUUACGCCGAUGCUUGCGCCAAAUGCCAUAUUCGUCACUGUAUUCACAAUCCUGCUCAUCAUACAACUCGUCUUAACCGUUCGAUUCUGGCGCUACUACGGCUAUGCCAUCGGCAUGCUGGGCGGCCUCCUAUUAGAGCUCCUGGGCUACGUUGCCAAAGUCCAACUCUCCCAUAGCCGGACAAACAAGAACGGAUACAUAAUGUACAUCAUCGGUCUCACUCUAGGCCCUACCUUUCUUUCCUCGUCGCUAUAUCUCGGCAUCAGCGCCCUGCAAAGACACUAUGAGGCAGCCCAGUUUAGGCGGAUUAGUCCUAAGCUCUUUGCCACCUUGUUCAUUCUUGGGGAUUUUAUAUGUCUUUGUUUUAUUGGGUGUGGAGGUUCACUCGCGGCAAUCUACGCCGACAAUCCGAUUGGAGUCGAUCUUAUGAUUGCAGGCCUCGCCACCCAAGUGCUAUUUACAGCCAUCUUCUGCAUAACCCUUGCAUUGGUGUGCAGAAAGAUACAAUAUCAUCUUGCAAAGGAUAAUAAGCUCACCUACAUAUAUUGCGCAGCAACAUCCGCCAUUUGUCUUUUCAUACGCUCAUGCUGGCGUGUGGCUGAGUUGAAUGGAGGUUUCAACGGCCCGCUAUCAGACAAAGAAGGCAUCUUCAUCGCCUUGGAUUCCAUUCCCAUGAUUAUCAUGUCGGUUCUCCUGACAGUAACUCAUCCAGAGUUU